AUGGAGCAAGGAGGGAAGCGGAUGUGGGGUGGUCUUCUCGGGGUCUGCCUGGUCCCCCCUGUGCUGCUGCUGCCGCUGCUGCAGCUGGUGGGGGGGGCCCCCCUGGGCCAGGGGCUGUACCCGAUGCCAGCCGGCGUCCUGCAAGCACCAGCUGUGCCCCCUGCCAUGCCCCCCAGCUGCCAGGCCCUGCUGGAUGCCCAGGCGUUGCCCGACCUGCCCGAGCGCAACUGGGUGCUCAGCCAGGCUUGUGCCCCUUACCAGCACCUGUGCCCACCUGGUGGGGCCCAGCACUCCUGUGCCUCACUCACUGCCCGGCUCUGUCACCGUCGCCUCCAGGAGUGCCGAACGGCAGCUGCGGCCCCGAGCCCUGAUGGACCAGCGGAGGCAGCAAUGCCAGGGAGCUGUGGGCGCCGCAGGGGCCCCCAGGCCAAUGCCACAGCCCCCCGAGGACGGAUCAUGGGCGGCAGUGCAGCCCCGCGGGGGGCCUGGCCCUGGCUGGUGUCGGUGCGACUCCACGGGGAGCUGAUGUGCGGAGGGGUGCUGGUGGGGCGCUCUUGGGUCCUCACCGCAGCCCACUGCUUUGCUGGGAACCGGAAUGAGCUGGCAUGGACAGUGGUGGUGGGCGACCAUGAGCUGAGCAAGCUGGACACAGGCGAGCGGGCAGUGCCUGUCCGGCGCAUCCUGCCUCAUCCCAAGUUUAAUCCCAAGACGUUUCAUGGGGACCUGGCACUGCUGGAGCUGGCAGUGCCCCUGUCCCCCUCGCCCACUGUCAGCCCCGUGUGCCUGCCCAGCAGCCCUGUGGAGCCCAGCCCUGGCACUGCCUGUUACAUUGCAGGCUGGGGCUCCCUCUAUGAAGAGGGGCCAGCAGCUGAUGUGGUGAUGGAGGCGCGGGUGCCCCUGCUCAGCCAGGAGACAUGCCGGGGUGCCCUGGGCAGGGAUAUGCUCACCAAUGCCAUGUUCUGUGCUGGGUACUUGUCUGGGGGUAUCGACUCCUGCCAGGGAGACUCAGGGGGCCCGCUGGCAUGCCAGGACCCCUCCUCGCAACGCUUCGUCCUCUAUGGCAUCACCUCGUGGGGCGAUGGCUGUGGUGAGCAGGGCAAACCAGGUGUCUACACCCGCGUUGCCACCUUCAUAGACUGGCUCAGCCUUCAGAUGGACCCUGCCCCUGGCAGCCAGGAACCGAGCUGCUUUGACCUGCUGACGCUGGCCCAGCUGCCCCCAGAGCAGCAGCCACCCGAGCGUGCGCGACUUUGCUCCUUUUAUGCUGGAUCCUGCCGGGCCCCCCAGGGCCGGGCUGCCUGUGCCCGCCUGGCUGAGGAGACCUGCCGUGCCAGGACGAGACGAUGUGAGCUGCACUCCUACGCCCAGACCUUGGUGGAUCUCCUGCGCCGGGCCGGGGACUUCAUCCGAAAUCAGUUGGAUUUCUCCUUCCUCACCCGUACCCUGCCCCAGCUCCUAGGCAAGAUCUACGGGCACCUAUUCCCUCCCCGCGUCCGCAGGGAUGCUCCAGGCUUGACUGUGGCAGGGGACCAGCCCAGCCCCACAGCACAGGGAUCCCAGAAACCCCCCACCAGGCGGAGGGCUGGGCAGCCACCCCCCUUCACAGGGCUCUUCAGGGCCGUGGGGCCCCGGCUGCAGGACUGGGUGGAGGCGCUGGGGUCCAUGGCAGGGGGCAGCCCCCCGGCACCUACCCUGGACGGGGAGCAGCUGCCCGGGGAGACAUGGCUCUUCUUGCAGCAGGGUGAGAAAGCAGUGGAAGAGCUGGUAGGACAGGGACGAGCCUUCCUCACCCAGCUGCGGGCAGAGCUGGACCUCGCCACCCCCCUUGAAGCCAUGGAGCCACGAUGGGCAUCCAGAGAGCUGGCAGGGACCCCUGCACCAAGCCGGUCCACGCUGAGGGAGAAACGUGAGCUCCUGCCCACAGAGCUGUCAGGGAUGGAGGAGAAAGAGGCAGGCACGCGCAGAGCCUGCCCUGGCCUCAACGAGUCGGCGGUGCAGGUGGGUGCGGUGCGGGAGCUGUAUGCCUGGGUACUGCGGGUGCCCGAGCCGGACCUGGCCAUGACCUUCCAGGAGAUCCUGGUGGACUUGAGCUCUAAGAACGCCAAGGGGCUGUACCGGGCACAGGUGCGGGCCAUGGUGGGGGGCCGCCCCACCGCCUUCGCUGGCCUGGUGGGGCUGGAGAGCGACUCGCUGGCCCGCAGCAUGCCCGGCCUCGUCGCUCUGGCACUGGAGGCACUGAAAACCUGACUGUAAUCCCAGGGCACCAUGCCAGCAUGGAGAUGGGGCACUGGAGCAGGAGUGUCUCAUGUCCUUCAAACACAGCCACCUCCCCAUCUCAGGCUCUUCCACCACUU